AUGGUACGGAAUCCAUCCCGGUAUUUGGUGUUCGCUUUAGGGUUUUUGGCCCUUUUUUGUAUCGUUAGUUUUAUCGGUAACAGCAGAAAUGCGAUUCAUACCCAGAACCUUCUCAUUGCCAAAUUUUUGGCCCAACAAGCGCCAAAGGUGGAAACUGUGACGAGUAGUAGUUUGACCCCGCCGGGUGAUCUCGGCUAUGGGGUUACGUUUGGCAAUACCACGGAAGAAUCGGUCGGAAAUAUGAUUAGGAUGGGUUUCAAUAGCCAGGGCCUGAAUCAGUACGCGUCGGAUUUGGUGUCGGUUCAUCGGAGGUUGCCGGAUAUUCGAGCUGAUUGGUGCAAGGAACCAGGUCGAUAUUCUUCCGAUUUGCCGGAGACAUCGGUCGUCAUUGUGUUCUACAACGAAGCGUGGUCUGUGUUGGUUCGGACUGUUCAUUCCGUUCUGGAUCGAUCGCCACCGGAGCUGAUCAAGGAAAUUGUGCUGGUGGAUGAUUUUUCUUUCAUGCCUCAUCUGAAAACUCAACUGCACGAUUACUUCCUGGAUUAUCCCAAAGUGAAAAUCAUACGAGCUGAAGAACGACUUGGAUUGAUGAGGGCACGGCUGCUGGGAGCCCAGAAUGCCGUAUCCGAAGUUCUGACCUUCCUCGAUGCCCACGUGGAAUGUACCGAUGGCUGGCUGGAAGCCUUGCUUGAUCCUGUAGCCCGAAACUGGACCACUAUAUCGAUUCCAACGGUCGAUUGGAUCGACGCAUCGGACUUGCAACUGCGUUCGGAUACGGCGCCACUUUUCUUCGGAGCGUACAAUUGGGAUCUGAACUUUGGAUGGUGGCAUCGAUCGAUUCAAUACAAAAAACCUGAUAACGUUUAUGAGCCAUUUGAUGUUCCCGCCAUGUCCGGGGGACUUUUUGCGAUCACUCGAAGAUUCUUCGAUCAUCUCGGUUGGUACGAUGAAGGUUUCGAGAUUUACGGUAUCGAAAACAUCGAACUGUCAAUGAAGAGUUGGAUGUGUGGCGGAAAAAUGGUGACGGUGCCUUGCUCACGGGUGGCUCACAUACAGAAAAAGGGACAUCCCUAUAUGCAUGAGUCUGGAAAGGAUUACGUGAGAUCGAACUCGCUCAGAUUGGCCGAAGUGUGGAUGGACGAAUAUAAGCAGGUGAUUUUCGACAUCUAUGGAAUCCCAAAGUAUCCGGUUGACGAAGCAGGGGAAGUUUGCCUGAGAAAAGAAAUUCGCAAGAAGGCUAAAUGUAAAUCGUUCAAAUACUACGUGCAGACUGCUUUUCCGGAAAUGCACUCUCCUGCAGUCAAAGGGUGGUUCCGAGGAGAGAUGAAAAAUAAGGCCCUCCCUUCUAAUAUGUGUCUGCACUACAACAAGGAAGAAAAGUUCCUGGGAAUGCGAGAAUGCGAUAAUAAACAGCACAACCAGUUUUGGACUCACAACUACUAUAAGGAGUUGAACAGCCGAAGGAAUUGUCUGGAUUACAUGGGAAAUGGACCAGAAAUCACCGUUUAUCCGUGCCAUCGAUCGAAGGGCAAUCAGGAAUGGGAAAAUGUUAAUGCUACUGGUCAAUUCAGGAGUGUGAAGCAUAACAAAUGCCUGGAGCUAGACGUUAAAGACCAGAAAUCGUUGAUUGCAGCCGACUGUGAUGCUAAAAAGGAUACACAAAUUUGGCUUGUGAAGUUAACAACGCUAGAUGUAUCCAUUUUUACCAGAUAAA